AGUUUCCAGCCACCCAUUUUCUUCAUCCCCAGUUUCUGUAACAGAGCACUCCCUCCCAGAAUAUUCCUUCAGUAGAAAAACCCUAGAAAGCUUCAACUCAACUGAAAUCUGAUCAGAAAAAUGAUGAAUUUCAAGCCGCCGGAGACCAGAAUGACAUCGUCCCCGGCGGAGAAAGCCUUGUCGUUGAUUUCUAAGGGAUGGGAAGAGGUACGAUCAUCUGCGGACGCGGAUUUACAACUCAUCAAAAACCGAGCCAACUCGUUCAAGAACUUAGCCGAUAAGGAACUCGAAAAUUUCAUUAACUCAGCUUCAAAAUCACCCUUCAUUGUCCCAACUAUUACGGCUUCUGCCACUACGGCUCCGCAACCGCAAGAGAUCGACUUCGUGAAGAAGCUCCGGCCUAAAUUGUCGGAAAUACGUAGGGCUUAUUCUUCACCGGACUUUAAGUGGGCCCCAAAAGGGAAGCUUCGAAUUGACCUGUCAAGCAUUAAGAAUGCGAUUGUGGCGGAGGAGGAAGAGGAGGAGGAUGAGAGCUUCGGGAAAUGGAGGAGAGUGAGGUUUAAGGAGGAAGUGCAAUUUGGUGAUGUUAAUUGGGAGCCAAUUAAGGCUUUUAGGACUCGGCUUAGGGAGCUGGAGGAAGAGCUCAAGAGCACAAGUUCGUCAUCCGUGGAUAUUUUUGAAGGGAUUAAGAAUAGUGAAUUUGUGGAGAAAGUAAAAUCAAGCUUGAAAUCAAUUUGCAAGGAACCAGAAGAGACAACGGGAGUUCCCCCCCUGGAUGUACCGGAGUUGUUAGCAUAUUUGGUUAGACAGUCAAGCCCAUUUUUGGAUCAAAUUGGCAUAAGAAGAGAUAUCUCAGAUAAGAUCGUGGAAAGUCUGUGCAAAAAACGGCGGAACAAACUUUUAUUACGUGCUUUACCUGAAGGGGAGUCUUCCCUGAUUGAAGGCGACAAUAUGAAUGAUGAACUAGAUUUACGAAUUGCCAGUGUACUUCAGAGUACUGGUCAUCAUUAUGAAGGUGGGUUUUGGAGUGAUUCUACAAGGCAGAACCUAUCAGAUGGUAAAAGACAUGUAGCCAUAGUCACAACUGCUAGCCUUCCUUGGAUGACGGGAACAGCUGUAAAUCCUCUCUUCCGAGCGGCUUAUUUAGCCAAAUCUGAAAAUCAGAAUGUUACACUGUUGGUUCCAUGGCUAUGUAAAUCUGACCAAGAACUGGUUUAUCCAAACAAUCUUACAUUUAGUUCGCCAGAAGAGCAGGAGCUCUAUAUACGCAGUUGGCUUGAGGAAAGAGUUGGUUUCAAGACUGAUUUCAAGAUUUCGUUUUAUCCGGGGAAGUUUUCCAAAGAAAGGCGAAGUGUACUACCAGCUGGAGAUACUUCUCAGUUUAUACCAUCAAGGGAUGCUGAUAUUGCAAUCUUAGAGGAACCAGAACAUCUGAAUUGGUACCACCAUGGCAAACGCUGGACUGAUAAAUUUAACCAUGUUGUUGGUAUUGUCCACACAAAUUAUUUGGAGUAUAUCAAGAGAGAGAAAAAUGGGGCUCUUCAAGCUUUCCUCGUGAAACACGUAAAUAAUUGGGUCACUAGAGCACAUUGUGAUAAGGUUCUUCGUCUUUCUGCUGCUACACAGGAUUUACCUAAGUCUGUGGUCUGCAAUGUUCAUGGAGUCAAUCCGAAGUUUCUGAAAAUUGGAGAAAAGGUUGCUGCAAAAAGACAAGGUGGUCAGCAAGUUUUCUCUAAAGGUGCAUAUUUCUUGGGCAAAAUGGUUUGGGCGAAGGGUUACAGGGAGUUAAUAGACCUGUUAGCAAAGCACAAAAGCGAUCUUGAUGGUUUUAAUAUGGAUGUAUUUGGUAAUGGGGAAGAUGCUCAUGAAGUGCAGAGUACAGCUAGGAGGUUAAAUCUGAAUGUCAACUUCAUGAAAGGCAGAGACCAUGCAGAUGAUUCUCUUCAUAGUUAUAAGGUCUUCAUAAAUCCUAGCAUCAGUGAUGUACUGUGUACAGCCACAGCUGAGGCACUCGCUAUGGGGAAAUUUGUAGUUUGUGCAGAUCACCCAUCUAAUGAGUUCUUCCGGGCAUUUCCCAACUGCUUGACCUAUAAGACGUCUGAAGACUUUGUAGCUAAGGUUAAAGAGGCACUAACGAAUGAGCCUCAGCCUCUCAGUCCCGAGGAACAAUAUAAGCUUUCAUGGGAAGCUGCAACUCAGAGAUUCAUGGAAUAUUCUGACCUCGAUAAGGUUUUGACUAGUGAAACACGCAGGGAGAGGAGAAGCAGGAAGGGCAUGGGAAAAUCAGUUUCCAUGCCUAACCUUGGAGGGAUGGUUGAUGGCGGUCUGGCAUUUGCGCAUUAUUAUCUCACAGGGAACGAGUUCUUGAGGUUGUGUACCGGUGCAAUACCGGGAUCACGGGAUUAUGACAAGCAGCAUUGCAAAGAUCUCCAUCUCUUACCUUCGCAGGUAGAAAACCCGAUAUAUGGCUGGUAGAUGUAUACGUUAUUGACCUGUAUAUCAUUAUUCUCAAUGUGUACCAUAGGUGUGAAGUUCUUACCUAUAUCUUAGGUUUCAUUUUGAUGAUUUUUUUUAGCUACUGAUGCAGUAAAAACUGCAAGAAUAAUAAGUAGGAUGUGAAAAUUUGUAAAAAUAUGAUGUAUCCUCUCGUCUCGCUCUAGCUUCCUUCUUUGAGUUUCAA